GCGGCCAGCGUCCCGAGCGCCCGGCGAGCUGACAUGCCGGCUGCCCGCGCCGCCCGCGUCUGUGCCCUGCUGCCCGCGCUCGCGCUCCUCGGCCGGGGUGAUUCUGAGUUAUCAGAAGAACUCUCAGGAGACACACCCUGGCCAGUUGAAAGACAAGAUGGAGAGACAAUUUCAAGCACGAUUGCUGCAGUGACCACAGAAGCAUUAACUGCAGAUACGAAUUCCACCAACAUCGCUGAGGAUGCGAUUCAGUUAGAUCUUAUAUUAAUGGUUGUGAUCCCAUCAAUUUUAUUGGUCCUCCUAAUUUUAUCAAUGGUACUCUUUGCAGCAUACUAUAAAAGAAAAAAAACUAAAAAAGAGCCUUCUAGCCAAGGAUCUCAGAGUGCUUUACAGACAUAUGAUCUGGGAAGUGAGAACCUGAAAGUCCCCAUUUUUGAAGAAGACACGCCCUCUGUUAUGGAAAUAGAAAUGGAAGAGCUUGAUAAAUGGAUGAACAGCAUGAGUAGAAAUGCCGACUGUGAAUGUUUACCUACUUUGAAGGAAGAGAAGGAAUCAAACCACAACCCAAGUGAUAAUGAAUCCUAAAGCUGCAUGGUACUGAUGUUUUCCAAGAGAAGCAGCCCUGAGGGAGCCUGCUGGGCCAACAGAGGAUGAAGAGGAUAGGAAUUUAAUUAAUUUCAAAUCAACAUAGACACAAGAACCUUUUGCUGUUUCUCCCAACGCCCACUCUUCCUAAUGAUGGCCUCACCUGUCCUGGGAAGAAGGUGUGGCUGAGAAGCACUGGGAAGAGGCCUGGCUGCCGUCCACUGCUGCCUGCUGGGUGGGGGACGAGCACGCGACCUGUUCUCCCUCCUCUCCACCCACGUGUCGCUGGACCCGCUCUGGCCAGGCUAAGUCCCUGUUACCUUUCUCUUCAUUCCCGUGGUUUACAUCAGGAAGCUGUGUUAUCCAUGCUUUCCUUCUGGGCCACCUUAUUACCUAACUAGCUUUGGAUAAUUUCCUCUGAUUAUUCAAGUUCUGUUACAGGUAGAUUACAUUCAGCUGGAACAAAUUUUCCCAAGGCGUGUUAUGUCACAGACAGGACACCAAACAAAGCAAGCUUUUCAAUGUCUGCACCUUGCCAGCAGGGUGGUGAGCUCCGCUGGCCAAAAAGACGCUGCCAGAGAGUCCACAGUCCCGAUGAGCUGUUGUUUGGUGACCUGUAGACCCUGAUUAGCCAGGUCCAGUCACCCUCGGGAACUUCUCAGAGGAACUAGAAUCUUCCACGAAAGAACAAAUGUUUUCCUCAGCUGAAAUCACCUCUACUUGUCAACAUUUCCCCAAAGCUCUUUGUUGUUUCCCCACACCUCACUGGAGUGUGAUAUAUGGGGAGGGAGUGUGAGCAGGGGCGUCAUCUGUCACCCUUCUGUGUCUCAGAGAUCUCUAAGGUAGUUUGACACAAACAGAAGAGGAGCAGGAAAUAUCUGUGCCUGUGGCGGAUGUCACUCACUGUGCUCAGCAUUCUUUCCCGCCAAACUGGGAUAAGCCUCAUGUCCUCAAACAGCACUCCAGGAGGUCACUGUCGGGCCAUCAGCAAUGACAUCCUAUGUGAUAUUGGUUGACAUCCUUGUGCUAAAAGCAAUGGCACAAAAUGCCGGAAGGGCCCAUAGACCACUCCCACUCAUAUAAAAUCAAUCUCCACUUAAUCCUUAAUUUUCUAAUUGUGACCUUUAAAGCAAUCUAGCAAAUUGGGAGUCCUCAGCUCUCCUAUAACACCUGAUAUUUUAUUCCAGGACAGAAACAAAUAAGGAAAACUAUUUAUUUUACUACCCACAUAUAACCUGAGGGGAGAUGGGGCCAAAAAACAUUUGCUGCUAAAUUGGGGGUCCUGUGUUUGAAAGUCUGCCUUAAUGCAUAAAAAAAUUGCCCCUCUUCUACUUUUUAGGAUUCCUUUAACAAGUUUUUGCCUUCUGAACUAUGCCGAUAAUUUUAAAGGCAGAGUUAAAAACCAGAGAGGCCUUUCCAUACCAUGCAAGAUAGAACUGUCUGGCUGUGUUUAACCACUGCUAUGAUGCUCUCCCGGGACCGCGUAGAGUAGAGACAAAAGACUCUUCAUGGCAUGUAACUUCAACAGAUUUGCCUGUCAUAUUCUCGUCAGCACAUCCGAAUAUGGCUUUGUGUUUUCACGGCUGCCUUGCAUGCUCGUAUUCAACUUGUGGUCCACAGUUGACUCUCAGACACUUAUGCCAAAAUCGCUGUUUUCCGAAUCAUGACGUGUGUAGUUUUCUGCUAUGUUUACUACUUUCAGUUUGUUUCUCAUCAACAUUUUGACUCUCAGAAGAGGCUCUGUAUCCUUUUUCUCUCUAGGAAAGGGAACACUCAGGCCUUCAAAUUUGAUCCCACCCUAUCAAAUAAUGAACUGCACAAGCUCAGAGAAGUAUACAGGGUCCUGGGAUCUUACUUUGAUGAAGCUGUUCUUUCUGAUAUGAUAAAAAUAUUCUCACUCAGUACUUUAAAUAAUUUGAAAUCCCAGAAGAAGCAAAUUUUAGCAACGUGUCAUUGAGUUUAUAUCUGACCAAUCUAUGAUGGCACAGUGUACAAGGCACUUUUUAAAAAGCGGGUAUAUUCUGGCAAGAUGUAUGAAGUUAGUGUGAGUCAAAACAGUCCAGCGUCAAUUCUAGCACCCUGUGUCUUUUUAUGGUUAUUCAGUCAAUAGGCAUCAUGUAUUUAUGACAAGUUUGAGAAUUGCUUUUAAGCCCAAACCUAAUUUUAUGUUUCAGAUUAUUGUUAGUUAAAAAAAAAAACUCAUUAAUUUGCCCUAAUUGGAUAGCCAAUGAGAGCAAAAUCUGACUUUAAAGAUCUGUAAGUUUUACUGCCUUUUUGUACAUCAUAAGCAAACUAGGUGAACAGCAUUGCCCAGUUG